AUGAAUGAGAAACACCACGAUGAUGUAACCAUCAAAAGACAUACUGAUCUGCUGCUGGAAAUUUCCAUCAGCGGCGACGAGAUCGCCACUUACCGCUUGACUAUUGAGCAAACCUGUCAAGUGUUCCAUACCAACACCGAACUGGGGCUUUCUCCUCAAGAUGCCGAAGCCAAAUUCAAAGCCGAGGGCCCCAAUUCCCUUGGCGACGACCAGAAGAUUUCCUAUACCUCGAUUUUGGCCCACCAGGUGUUGAACGCCAUGAUCCUUGUGCUCAUCAUUUCCAUGGUGAUUGCAUUCGCCAUCAAAGACUGGAUUUCUGGUGGGGUGAUUGCCUUUGUCGUUGGUCUUAAUGUGUUUGUGGGUUUCAUCCAAGAACUUAAGGCCGAGAAGACUAUGGGCCUGUUGAGACUGUUGAGUAGUCCUACUGCUCGCGUGAUGAGAGGUGACGACAUCACCAUCCCUGCUGAAGAAGUGGUCCGUGGCGAUUUGGUCUACGUCAAUGUUGGCGAUACCAUUCCUGCCGACUUACGGCUCACCGAAUGCAUGAACUUCGAAACUGACGAAGCGCUUUUGACGGGGGAGUCGCUCCCCGUGGUCAAAGACUGCACCCAAGUGUACCAAGACUAUCUGGUGGACGUGCCGGUUGGCGACCGACUCAAUAUGGCCUAUUCGUCGUCGGUCGUCACCAAAGGCCGCGCUCAAGGGAUUGUUGUGGCUACAGGUAUCCACACCGAAAUCGGUAAAAUCGCCCAGCUGCUUAGAGGCGAAGGCGGCAUCAUCCAGCGCGUUGACCGCCUGGACGGCCGCAAACCUGCUAAGAGAGAAUACGCUCAAGCCGGGGCCAAGACUAUCGUCAAUGCCAUCGGUAACUUGCUUGGCGUCAACACUGGUACCCCAUUGCAACGGAAAUUAGCCUGGUUAGCCAUUUUCCUUUUCUGGGUGGCCGUGGUAUUCGCCAUUGUCGUCAUGGGCUCGCAAAAGAUGAGAGUGAACAAGGAAGUGGCCAUUUAUGCUAUCUGUGUGGCACUUUCAAUGAUUCCCCUGGCGCUUAUCGUUGUGCUUACCAUUACCAUGGCCGUUGGUGCCCAGGUGAUGGUGAAGAAGAACGUCAUUGUUCGUAAACUUGACUCCCUCGAAGCCUUAGGGGGCAUCAAUGAUAUCUGUCUGGACAAGACCGGGACGCUUACUCAAGGGCGAAUGAUUGCUAAGAAAGUGUGGAUUCCGCUGGUGGGUACUUACCACGUUAGCAACUCCAACGAAGCGUUCAAUCCUGAGGUUGGUGAUGUUGGUUUCGCUUCCUACUCCCCGCAAUACAUUCGGGACUGUGACGAAGAAAUCGAUUUCACCCCCAACCACGAGACUCCUGCUUUAUUUGAACAGUGGCUCAGAUCGGCGACGCUUGCCAACAUCGCUAAGCUCCACACCGUCACAAAUGACGAUGGUGAGAUCGAACACAAAGCUCAUGGUGACGCUACGGAAAUCGCUAUCCAGGUGUUCUGCACUCGUCUUGGCUACGGCCGGGACGAUUUGGUUGCCCAAGAACACCACGAACACGUGGCGGAGUACCCAUUUGACUCCCUGAUCAAGCGGAUGCUGGCCAUCUACACUAAGGACUCGCGCACCAUUGUUUACACUAAAGGCGCUGUCGAACGCGUGUUGGGCUGCUGCACCUCCUGGUACGGCGAAGAUGGUAAUGGCGAGCUUAAACCUUUGGAAAAGGCUGAUGUCGAUACCAUUGAAGAUAAUAUGAACGCGUUGUCGUCCCAAGGUUUAAGAGUGUUGGCGUUUGCUACUCGUGACAUUACUGAUAAACCCGUUGACACCAAGGAAAGAGAACAAGUGGAAGCUGGCUUGACCUUUUUGGGAUUGAUUGGUAUUUACGACCCUCCUCGUGAAGAGACUGCUGGCUCCGUCAAAGCGUGCCACAAGGCCGGGAUCAAUGUCCGCAUGCUUACCGGUGACCACCCUGGGACCGCUCGUGCCAUCGCACAAGAAGUUGGUAUUUUGCCUCACAACUUGUACCACUACUCCGAUGAUGUGGUCAAGGUGAUGGUGAUGACAGCCCUGGAAUUUGACGCUUUUACUGAUGACGAAAUCGACGCUUUGCCCGUAUUGCCGCUUGUGAUUGCCCGCUGUGCCCCCCAAACCAAAGUGAGGAUGAUCGACGCUCUUCACCGGAGAAAGAAGUUUUGUGCCAUGACUGGUGACGGGGUCAACGACUCUCCUUCGCUCAAGAAAGCCGACGUUGGUAUUGCUAUGGGCCAGAACGGGUCCGACGUGGCCAAGGAUGCCUCCGAUAUCGUGUUGACUGACGAUAACUUUGCCCUGAUUCUCAAUGCCAUUGAAGAAGGCCGCCGUAUGAGUCUGAACAUCCAAAAGUUCGUGUUGCAAUUGCUUGCUGAAAACGUCGCCCAGGCCAUCUACUUGAUGGUGGGGCUUGCGUUUAUUGACGCCCUGGGAUUUUCCGUGUUCCCCUUAUCUCCCGUCGAAGUGCUUUGGAUUUUGGUAGUGACGCUGUGCUUCCCUGCCAUGGGUUUAGGUCAAGAACAAGCGCUGGCCGAUGUCUUGGAAAAGCCGCCCAACCACCGCAUCUUCACCACCGAGGUUAUUAUCGACAUGUUUGCCUACGGGUUCUGGAUGGCCGUAUGCUGCUUAUUGAACUUCGUCGUCAUUGUUUAUGGCAAGGGUGACGGGAACUUGGGCCACAACUGUAACACUGGCUCUGGCGAAAACUGUGGGUUGGUGUUCCGGGGUCGUUCAGGCUCCUUCGCUGUGAUGACGUGGUGUGCCCUUUUGUUGGCGUGGGAGUGUAUCCACCCCACCAACUCGUUGUUCUACAUGAGACAAGACACCGACAACCCUUGGUGGAAGCAGACCGCCAUUGACUUGUGGCUGAACCAGUUCUUAUUCUGGUCGGUGAUCUUCGGGUUCGCCACCGUCUUCCCCGUCAUCUACAUCCCUGUUAUCAACGACAAGGUGUUUUUGCAUGACCCCAUUGGCUACGAAUGGGGGUUAGCGUUUGCAUUUACCAUUUUGUUCCUUGCCGGUGCCGAGUUCUGGAAGUGGAUGAAAAGGGUACAUUUGCGCCGUCAGAACCGUAAAGCGAAAAACCCCGAAUACGAGUUGGAACGUAACGACCCUUUCCAGAGAUAUGCCUCGUUCUCGAGAGCCAACACCAUGGACAAAACCGAUUUCUUGGUAUAA